AUGUCUUGGUGCAGUGCCUUCAGAAAUACAGGAUCACUUCAAUGUGUGUAUACAGCACUUGUACGUAACCUGUUCUAAAUGACGGGAUACCCUUAAUUUGAUUUGAUGAACAUUAAAUUCAAAUCACAUCACUUUUGCUUCAGAAUAUAGACUUUCACUGCUAAGAUCACAUAAUGACUAAAUGUUUCAGCUAUUGUGCCUUUAAAUAAACUUUUUGUGAUAACAGGAGAUGCCUUGUCCUACUGUUAUUUACUCACCUGAUAUGGAAAGAAAGGCUACUUUGUCCACUUUUGGUCAUCUUGUUACAGGUUAAUUUCUCUGAUUUCUCAGGGAUAAGUAAUCCUCAUUCCUUCUUUUGGCUGCAUGAGCAGAGGAUGGUGAUUUGUGCUGUAGAUUACAACAAUUCCUUAGUCAGGCUGUUGUCUAUAGUGGAACUGAGAUGCAUAACCUCAUCCAGCAGUGUCAUUUGGCAUCCUACAGUGGGUUUUAGUGGUGAGGCUGGACUCUGGAGUUCUUGCCAAAGAUAUAAAGAGAUGUUGACAGAGUUUGACUCAGUCUGUAUUUGGAGUUGUCUUGUGAAAGAGAAGUUAAGAGUGCCUACUGUAGCUUUUAUCAGAAUGGAGUUAGAUAUUUUGGGAGUGAAUUUAAAUGCUGUGUCUUUAAAUGAUGAUGAGGUGAGAAAUGGUAAUGCUCAGGAUCCAGAUUACAGAUAUAGGAAGGAUGAGCUAUUUAAAAGGCUAAAAGUGACAACUUUUGCACAGCUGGUAAUCCAAGUUGCUUUAGUGUCAGAUCAGAAUGACAACAUUUCAGAUGAAAUGGCCAGAUUAGAUGAUGAUGUUUCAAUUUUCUCUGAGUCAUCGCGACUGGACCGUCUCUCAGAUCACACUAAUGGCUCUCCCCAGCCUACGCUUCUUCCCCCACAGAAUAUCAACAAUGAUGAAUCGGGUGAUGCUGGGUUUUCACCUAGAUCCACGCUCCAAAGUGUUAUCAGUGGCGUGGGAGAACUGGAUCUGGAUAAAAAUGGGAAGAAGACCAUCCAGCUAUCUCCAAUGUCUACCUCCAACACCACAGAGUGCCCCUAUCUUGACUGCCCAUAUCUGUUGCUGGAUGUAAGGGACAGAGACCAGUACGACCAGUGUCAUAUUAUCAGUGCAUAUAGUUACCCUAUUGCGACCUUAUCUAGGACAAUGAACCCAUAUACUAAAGAAGUUCUGGAUUAUAAAAACACUUCAGGAAAAAUCAUAAUCUUGUAUGAUGAGGACGAGAGGAUAGCGAGUCAAGCAGCCACCACCAUGUGUGAGAGGGGAUUUGACAAUCUCUUCAUGUUAUCUGGGGGUUUAAAAGUGGUUGCUCAGAAAUUCCCUGAGGGAAUGACAACCGGCUCCAUUCCCAUCUCUUGUCUGCCAUCACCUCCGGGACCUGCAGGCCGUAAACGAUCUGUGCCACAGCAGACGCCACAGCUAGCAGAAAAAAAGUGGCGGUUUACCUCGGAGGACCUCAGCAGAAUCCAGCACUUCCUGGAAGAGGUGUUCAUACCCAGCGAGCCCAGCAGUCGUCUCAGCAGCAGAAUGUCAACUAGCAGCGCUCGUUCCAAAGCAUCUAGUGUUCGGAGCAGUCGACAGGGCUCGUCUAUAGCAGGGUCAGACAGUGCCCGUUCACAGAGUAGUAGACCUUGGAAAUGACCCCUAUUGUUAACUUCAUCAUCGUCGUCAUCAUUUUAAUGCAAAUAAAAUCCUAAUGUUUUACUUUAGCAGGAUUCCUGUAAACAUCUGUGAUGGACACACUUAAGUUCUGGUGAUUUUUAUUUUCACUGUCACAUGCCAUGUGCACAUGAUUUCAUUAUCAGUAGUUUACACAACUGGCACUUUUUUAUUUCUUUGGUUUAUGUACGUGUUAUAUUACAUCCUUGCACUGCAGGCACCAGGUCUAAACUAGAUCGUUAAAAAUGUUCAAUCUGUUUGUGAUUUGCCGCUGUCAAAAAUGAUUCUUUAAUAUUAGGGCACAAAGAGCUAAUUUAUUCUAAUGGCUUCGUCCGGCACUCAUUGAUUUUAAUGCAUGUGUGUAGGGUUCUUGUGUAUUUCACAUAGAUGUAUAGUCAGCAGGUUUUAGUGAGAGAGCUCCACUAGUGGUCAUUUUACUUUGCUUUAGAUGUGCUGUGCUAUGCUAUGAUCUGUACAUUGAGCAUGCUGGUUUAGCUAGAGUAUACUUACUCAGCAGGUACAUAUGCUGUGCUGCUUAAGAAGUAUUUUAGAUGUGCUAUUUUUAUGCCUUAAACAAAAUGUGGGGUGGAGGCAGUGGCCUUGUCUAUUUGUUCAGUGCUGAUGUUUUUGUUUGUUUUAAUGUUUUUCAAACCAGUGCAAAAAGAUUUCCCUUCAUUUCUAUUACAUAUCGUCAAGCGUAACCCAAAAUCAGCAUCUACUCAACUGCGAUUUGAAUGUUACGAAAUGAAGAUGUACUUAAGAUUAAUAAUGUUACUCUAUAGCUUUGCAGUUGCGAAGUCUUAUGAAGGAACUUCAAGUGCAUUUAAUGGAGCUGCUAUUAGCUUUGAUUUUUUUAUUUUUUAUUUUCUGCCUUUGUGUUUUCCAUGUUUCUGUGACUGAAGUCAGUUAAUUAUCCCUGUUUUUCAAAGACCUUGACCAAUGACAAAUUUAAUUUAUGUAAUGAAAACUACUUGGUUUGUUAUUUUGUAUUGUAAGUCUGAAUAAAGAGCCAUUUCAUAUUGUA